UAAAAAAACACUUUUUAAAGAUUAAAACUUUAUAAACAUAUUAAGAAUGCUGCGUAGACCUCCUACUGUUAUUCGUCUUGUUCAAGAAGAUAUUUUUGAAUAUGAUGAUAUUCGAGCACAAGAAAAAGCUGCUUCACAUGCAGGAAAAUCUAUUGCUUUAAGAGAUAAAGAUAUGGAUACCAUGCAUAUUAUGACAGAGGGUUUUAUACUUCAAGAUCGUAGAAAAGAUGCUACCAAGAAUGAAAGAAUCGGAUUAUCUAUGUCACGGAUACAAGAAACUCGACUGUAGUUAUCCGGAUUAUAAUUAAAUAAUGUUUGAAUUAUUCUUUAAAUA